GGACCGUUGUGUACGUCGUCGCUGACCCCGUCAAUCUAUCUUGCCUGCCACGGAGAGCCUGCGACCGAGGGAAGAACGGACAAACCGGGUGAAGCACCAGUUGCAUACCUUUUUGCGUAUCCGGGUCUUGUUCUCGGCGGGUCGCAUCAGAUUUCGGACGCCAUUUCCUUGUAAAUUGUUCACAAGUCGAGUAUGGCUGCCCCACGCUCGUUAUCGCCCUCGAUUCCCUCGUUUGCUCGAUCACCUUCUCCCAGAGAUACCUCGGCCCCCAGUCCGACCGCGCACUCUCCCGCUACGCUCAGUUCUCCCACAAGUCGACUUCCUUACGGUGCCAACCGCCCAAGAAGUGGAUCCGCUCACCUUCCCGCACACGCCAGGACCGACUCUGUCGUCUCGUCCACCUCUCAGCCUCGCUCGCGACACUCCAUGACCUAUGCUGGCCAGAUUCCUGUCAUUAACACACAAAAUGCAUCCAAGCCUCAGGCUUCGAACGUGACACCUAGUAGUAGCUCUACACAUGCCACUGGGAUUCUCCCCCCUGCGUCGUUCUUCCGACCCUCCCGCCCUAACUACUACCAGCCACCACCACCCUUUCCCCGCCCCUCGUCUGCAUUGUCGAAUGAUUCCUCUCACGAGAUGCCCGACCAUUUCCCGUUGGCAACUCUGGAAGAACGACAUGAUAAUAAAUCCCAGGCUUCCCUCGGCAGCGCCGCUGCAAACCCGUCCUAUACUGCAGAGGAAACGCAACGGGAGUUUGAAUCGCUAAGGCGAUCAAAAUCAAGCCGCGAACCUCUGCUGCCUAUAGGCGGCUCUGCUAAGAGGUCGGCGAACCUCACCCUGCCCGGAAUGUCGAACGGCCGAGGGCAGGGAUCCUCGAGAGGUGCAUCUGAACGCAGUCAGGGUGGUCCGUCAAGCACCACGAGCCGCGGAAGAGUCAGAGAUAGCAUGGACAGGAUGGAGAAGUUACUGAGGCAAGGGCUGAGUUUCGACCACAUCCGGAGGUCUCCUUCAAUAAGCAGCCCCCUCUCCCCCGGCUCCGACGGAGGACUGCAAUUUGGGGGCAUGGAAAUUGACGACGAGGACCGCGUAACAUCGUCACCACAUUCCCGGUAUCACCGAAAGUCGGUAUCUCCGGCGACGCGGUCUACGCCUCGCCCGCACUCCAUGUACGAGUUCAACCCCCACCCGCCGCCCGACACCAACCCCCCUCUCUCCGCUGUUCCUAUGAUCGAUGAAAACACAGGCAAGCCCGUGCGGAAUUAUCAGUUGCACCCAUCGCGGAACAGGUUCUUCUUUAGUGGGAGGUUUUUGACAGGUGGCGAUAGUCCCUGGGCGUUUGUGGGCAGUUCGUGCGUUGUGCUUAGUAUCACGGGAGUGUGGUUUGGCACGACGUGUGUAUGGUGGUGGAGACAUAAGAGUCCGGCGGUUGCGAUCGUAGGCGCCUACAUGUGUUUGCUGACAAUAUCGUGUAUGCUGGCAACUGCUUUCCGCGAUCCAGGCAUUUUGCCACGAAAUCUCGAUCCUGAUCCACCAUAUCCCGCGACACCUCCUCCAGACGGCGGAGUAAAAGCGCCUCUACCCCGAGACCUCCGGGUAAGGACCGCUUAUGUUCGGGUCAAGUAUUGCCCGACGUGUAAGAUAUACCGACCACCCCGGUCGAGUCAUUGUAAAAUGUGUGAUAAUUGCGUCGACGGGUGCGACCACCACUGCCAGUGGGUCAACAACUGCGUCGGCCGCAGAAACUACACAUUCUUUUUCGUCUUCCUGAUGUCUGCUGUCACUACAUCUAUAUUGAUUAUAAUCACAGCCGCCUUGCACCUGUAUUUCUUGACUGUCGACCGCCAUGUUGACUUCCGGCAGGCGCUAAACAUGGGAGCUGGCAGCGCCGUGGUCUUCGCCAUGACUAUAAUCGUGAUAUGGCCUGUGACGGCUCUCUUAGCUUAUCACAUGCGCCUGCUAUUGCUCAACGUCACCACUAUCGAGCAAAUUCGGAAUCAAGCGCUCAAGUCGCUCGCACCCGGGCCUGCCCCGUACAAUCCCUUCUCACACGGAAACUGGAGGAGGAAUCUGCUUGCGGUGCUCUGUAGACCCGCAGGGUACUCCUGGCUCGAUGGACAUGCGGUGGCCACGGAGGAUAAGAGGAGGAUCAAUCCUGGCAUGGGCGCUGUCGAGGAUAAGCAAUAACGCGGAUGUGAUUGAGCGCGCAGUUUUAGAAAAGGUUAGCGAUUUGUCUGGUUUACGUCAUCGACACGAACAGACUGUCAGGUAUUUCUUGUAAGAUUUAUUGCACGUCUAUUCUUGCUGCAUGGGUUUACAUUGCUCUCGGGGUAUCUUCAUCUGUAUACAGUACAUCCAUAUUUCCUCCUGUUCCUCGUACAGCGGUAAUGCCAUCGUACACCGU